CUGUGUGAAUGUGGACCCUGAAGCGCGCCCCACGGCGGCCGAGGUGCUCUACUACAUGCAGGUGGCGCUGCGAAAUCAACACUUCUGAGAAUUUCUGAAAUCAUACGAGUAUAUCUUGGCUUAAGGAUUUGAAUAUUCUGGCAGUACCAAUAUCCGUUGGACAGCUCCUUCACUGCCAAGUUAAUAGCGGCGUCAACGAUACUUGGAAGCUGCAAAAGUUAAUGGAAAGCCGCAUCAAGCAUAAGUGUUCAAGUGCAUCGUGUCCGUGUCGUCCUGGAUAGUGCUGAGCUUGGCGGAUUUUGCCAAAAUGCACGUCUCGUGUUCCCAUCUGUUCGUGUUCACGGGGCCUGAUUUGCUGGGGCUUAUGGAUAUCUCUUCUGCGACGCUACGGGAGUCCGCCUUGAACUCUGAGGCCGCAGGGCCGGCUGUAUUUCAGCACUUCUCGUAGUCAGCGCAGACCUUCAUCGCGUCACCAUGCUGUAUGUCGCCGUGGUGGUGUCCAGCCUGUUACCACUGCUGGCCGUGGCUCAAGAUGACCAAGUCUCGUACGAGGUGAGUCUCAGCACGGGCGCGCUCAUCGGCAUCGUGGCCGGCUGCGUCGUCGCGCUGCUGCUGCUCAUUUGCUGCUGUUGCUACACGCGCAAGCGCCGGAGGGCCAAACGCAAACGAGAACUGGAGGAGGCAGUGGCCGCCGCCAUUAUCCACACGCCCAAGACCGGCGACUCGCACGCCAUCGACGUACCAUACGAACAGCAUCGCCAACACAACACUGGCUCCACCUACACAGGCUCCACGACUCACCCGCACCGGAGCGGCAACACAUACGGAGGAGACCCCAACUCUUCUACGACUGGAAGCGGAGGCAGACACUCUAUCAGUCUCUGGGACGACCCAGUGAUCGUUGCUGCUCGCAUCCCAUUCGACCGUGUGGAACUUGGCGAGCUGCUUAGCCGCGGCGGAUUCGGUGAAGUCUAUCGCGGCCGGUACCGCGACCAGAAUGUCGCGGUUAAGACGCUACUGCCGUCUACAAGGAAGGACAUGAAUCACAUCGAAGCGUUCCUGGCCGAAAUCAAGCUCAUGGCCACUAUGGAGCACCCACAGAUCGUGCAGUUCAUCGGUGUGGCCUGGGAAUCGUUGAGCGAGCUGUACGCAAUAUCCGAGUUUAUGGAGGGUGGAGACCUUCGUACUCUUCUUGUCAAGCACUACGAGAACGGUCACCCGCGGGGCUUUGAGCCCGCGAAGAUCAAGAUGGCGUUGCAGGUGGCACACGCUCUAACCUAUUUGCACUCUCUCGACCCCAUAGUGCUGCAUCGCGAUCUCAAAUCGAGGAACAUUUUGCUAACAGAGUCUUUGGAUGCCAAGAUAACGGAUUUUGGAGCUUCCCGUGAGCGGUCAGACAAAACCAUGACAGCGGGAGUGGGCACGAGCUUCUGGAUGGCACCCGAGGUUGUCAUGGGUGAACGGUACGGCGAGAAGGCCGACGUUUUCUCGUUUGGUGUUGUGCUCUCGGAGCUGGAUACGCACGAGUUGCCUUACUCCCAUGCCAAGGAGAACAGUGAAACUAGUCGACCACUGCCCGAUACGGCGGUGCUGCAGCUCGUGCUUAUGGGUAGACUGCAGGUACAGUUCUCUGGUGUUGGCCCCAUUGAGAUGACAGAGCUGGCCCGACAGUGCUUGCAGAUUGAGCCGCAGGAUCGCCCCACAGCAGCAGAGGUGCUCUAUCGGUUGCACACAAUCUCGAAGCAAUACCCGAGCAGCUAUGCGCUUUGAGCUAUUCAAGCUAUUAAUAAUUGUUAUUAAUAUAACAUGAUAAAACGUUUGCAAAGAA